CUCACUACUGUCACAUAAGACAAAUCUCUUUAAUGAAACCAUGACAAUGAUAAGAUAGAGAGAGAGCAAGUUACACACAGUGAGUGACUGUUGUGUGUGUGUGUGUGUGUGUUAAAAGUGAGGGAGAAAAGGAUAACUUGUGCUGUGUUGUUUUCAUUCUCUAGCAAGAACAUAACCUUUGUAUAACACAGUGAGUGUGUGUUUCAGCUUCUUCAACAAAGCUUACUUCUACUCAUCUUACACACAGUAAGUGUGUUUCUGCUGUUCCACUUCACAAGAGAUCUUUAGACACUUGGUGUGAUUGUGUGUGUGUGUGUGUGUGUUAAUAGUUUAUGUUGUCUUCAAAAUCAUUUCUUUAAGACACAGUAAGUUUGUUUGUUUGUGUGUGUGUGUGUGUGUGUGUUGAUUGAACACUGAUGCAUUGAAAAAGACAAGGUCUUUCUGUGUUGUUUGUUCUUCAGUGUCAUUUCUUUUACACAUAGUAAGUAAGUGUGUAAUUAUGUGCUUAAAGUAAGUGUUCACAAAGCAAGAAAAAGGAUAGUUUUUUUUUUUUUUUUCUUGUGUUUUUCAAUAUCAUUUCUUUUCAAGAAAAGGGUACUCUUUUGUUCCUUGUUUUUUCAAGAUUAUUAGUUUUGCACACAGUAAAGUAAAACUAAGUGUGUGUUUGUGUGUUGAUCAGUGAGUGGUUCCACCAAAUCAAUUUAGGGUUUAAGACUAUGUUUGAUGGAGUCCCAGUUGAGCAUUUUCACAGGUUCAUCUCCACACCCUCUUCAACAAUUCCUCCAAAUUCUUCUCUGAUCCAAACAACACCAAUUUCAUCUUCAACAAACUUAAAUUUUCUAUCUUUUGAUCCCCUCUUGUUCCCUCCUCUUCAUACUCAUCACCAUCAUCAAAACAUUUUUCAAUCCAAUCACUUUGUUCGAACACCGACACGCGAUCAAUACAAUGAUACUCAAGGCAAAGUAGAUCAAGAAAUUGAUCUAGAUCUUGAUGUAAAUAAUGAGCCAUGGUCUGAUGAUGAAGUUAUUCAGUUAUUGAGGAUCAAAUCUAGUUCUGAGAAUUGGUUCAAAGAUUUGACUUGGGACCAUGUUUCCAGAAAGCUAGCAGAGAUGGGGUACAAAAGGAGUUCAGAACAAUGCAAAGAGAGGUUUGAAGAAGAAACAUGCAGGAGUUUCAGUAGUACUAUAGAGUGCAACAAGAGUAGCAACAGGUACUUGAUCAGUGAAGAACUUGAUGACCAUCUCUGCAAUAGUUCUGGCCAAAACACUCAUCAUCAUGUCACCAUUGAACCUCAUGAAAAUGUCAAUCACCAAGAGCAACCACAACUACAGGAAAAAGAAGUACAAAAUCUUGAGGCCCAGGGGCAAAAAAGUCAUUUUGAAAAGGACCCAAUUGAGAUAAUGUCACAACCAACUGAUCAAGAUGAUGCACAAGUGACAAAGAGCAAGAAGAGGAAGAGAAAACACAAGAAAUUCAAGAUGGUCAAAGGGUUGUGUGUUGACUUGGUGAACAAGAUGAUGGCUCAACAAGAAGAAAUGCACAAAAAGCUACUAGAAGACAUGGCGAAUCGCGACGAAGAGAAGCGGAAAAGGGAAGAAGCUUGGAGGAAGGAAGAAAUGGAAAGGAUGCAAAUGGAAAUUCAAAUUAGGGAACAUGAACAAGAGAUGGCAAGAGAUAGGCAAUCAACCAUCACUGAGUUCCUCAACAAGAUCACAUCUUUUGACAAUAAGAUUCAAAUCCCUUUUGAUAUAAACUUACAAGACCUUCUAUUUGAGGCAACAAACAUUGACAAGCCCAUGUCCCUAAGUGAAAUUACCAAAAUACCCUCUUUACAGAAUAUCACCGAUCGAAAGUACCCUAAUCAUGAUCAGGCGAUAGCAAAAGAUGACAUUGGGAAGAGAUGGCCAAGAGAUGAAGUGUUGGCAUUGAUAAACAUAAGGAGCAAUGUGAACAAUGGCAUUGGUGGUAAUAGUGAAGAACAUGCCAGGGGUUCUUUAUGGGAGAGAAUAUCACAAGGAAUGUUAGAGUUGGGUUACAAGAGAAGUGCAAAGAGGUGUAAAGAGAAGUGGGAGAAUAUAAACAAGUAUUUUAGGAAAACAAAAGAUGCAAACAAGAAGAGGUCUUUGGAGUCAAGAACUUGUCCUUAUUACCAUGAGUUAAGUAAAUUAUACAACCAAGAGAAGCUAGCAUCAUUGUCCAACUCAGCCGGAGAGGAGCUACUCGCGACCAAAAUUACACCGGAAAACUGAUGAUGUGUGUUCACAGAUCAAUGGUAUAUGAGUUCAGAAUGAUCGAGGCCUAAUAACUAGACUUCCAAUGCGCGGGUGUGUCUUUUUACUACUAUAUUUUGGUACAUUUUUUUCCAUGAUGUUAAAUCGUGUAGCAAAUUUUUGUUUUGAUGAUUAAAUAAAUCAUGUAGCAUAUGUUUCCUAAUUAUUAUCAUGUAUGGUAUUUGUUUUGCUUUCCCUGCA